CAAGAAUCAACCAAUGAGUGCAUAGGGCCCCAGAAAUUAUGUUGCUGGUCCCUUCUGGUGCAAAGUGAGUCCCAGGCAGAAGAGACACGUGCACAGGGGACAAAAGCCAAUUAAGUCUGCCUGACAUCCAUCAACCAGGCCCUGGACACCUGGUUUCAGCCCAACUUUGCCUGCCUUGCUGGGUUGUCUUGGGUGAACACUGAUGGCGACAUAAACACAGGAGAAAACAACGGGGGCUGCUGUGUGGAGCCUGGACUGGAAAGGAAAUGGCUAAGCUCCCUGCCCAGCCCACAGCCAUGGCCACAGCGGUGGCCCAGAAGCUUAGCCACCUUGUGCCCAGUUUGCGGCAGGUCCACCAGGAGCCUCAGCCAUCUGUGCAGCCGGAGCCUGUCUUCACAGUAGAACGAGCCGAGGUGCCACCCCUCUUUUGGAAGCCAUACAUCUAUGUGGGCUACCGGCCACUGCAUCAGACCUGGCGUUUCUACUUCCGCACACUGUUCCAGCAGCAUAACGAGGCGGUGAACGUCUGGACCCACCUGCUGGCAGCCCUGGUGCUGCUGCUGCGACUGGCCAUCUUUGUGGGGACCGUGGACUUCUGGGGAGACCCCCACGCCCUGCCCCUCUUCAUCAUUGUCCUCGCCUCCUUCACCUACCUCUUCCUCAGUGCCUUGGCUCACCUCCUCCAGGCCAAGUCCGAGUUCUGGCAUUAUAGCUUCUUCUUUCUGGACUACGUGGGUGUGGCUGUGUACCAGUUUGGCAGUGCCCUGGCACACUUCUACUAUGCCAUUGAGCCUGCCUGGCACGCCCAGGUACAGGCUAUUUUCCUGCCCAUGGCUGCCUUUCUCGCCUGGCUUUCCUGCACUGGCUCGUGCUACAACAAGUACAUCCAGAAGCCUGGCCUGCUGGGCCGCUCGUGCCAGGAAGUGCCCUCGGCGCUGGCCUACAUGCUGGACAUCAGCCCAGUGGCGCACCGCAUCCUGGUGUCCCCCAACCCUGCCACAGAUGACCUUGCUCUUCUCUACCACAAGUGCCAGGUGAUCUUCUUCCUGUUGGCUGCUGCUUUCUUCUCGGCCCUCGUGCCUGAGCGCUGGUUCCCUGGCAGCUGCCACUUCUUUGGGCAGGGCCACCAGCUUUUCCAUGUCUUCUUGGUGUUUUGUACACUGGCUCAGCUGGAGGCUGUGGCACUGGACUAUGAGGCCCGGCGAUCCAUCUAUGAGCCACUGCAUACCCGCUGGCCCCACAACUUCUCUGGCCUCUUCCUGCUCACUGUGGGCAGCAGUGUCCUCACCGCAUUCCUCCUGAGCCAGCUGGUACGGCGCAAACUCGAUCAGAAGACCCAGUGAAGGGAGGUGGCAGCUGGUAGGGAGGGAGGUAGAGUGGGAGCCCAGGGGUCCGGGCUUAGCUCCAAAUGGGAACAAGGCCUGGUAAAUUUGUUUGUGUCUGG